UAAGAUAGGCGUUUUCAGUCCGAAAAAAAUAGCAUGGCAAUAAGAAACUUAAUUUUUCCGAAACAUCAAUAAACUCAGUACCAAAAGUUAACAUGACAUUGUGAAAUCGAGCCCUAUAUUUUCUAAUUUAUUUAAUUAAUCGUACUUAUGGUAUACCAUAACUUGGAGCAUUUAAAAGUUUGCAAAAUGUAUCGAAGCUACUACCUCUUUGGAGCCCUGGCUCUUUUGGGAUGGAUUUCACUCGCCGACGGGGAACCAAAAAAGCUAGUAGUGUUUAACAGCAUAGAAUGUACCUUAAGGAACAACGUGUUUUCAAAAAUCGAAUGUCAACUUUAUUCACGAACGGCACUAAACGUUUUUGUGACCAUUGAUGACCAAAAGGCAGCCGACAAAUUGGUGGGAGUUUGCGAUGUGAAACUUAUGAACAAAGGUCAGAAUAAGUCCACACAUAUUAAGAAUCUCAGACUGGAUUUUUGUCAAUUGAAAAAACAUACCGAUACACGCUCCUUGCUGGGAGCAUACUACCAAGCUAUACGGAGGGCAGUGGUCAACUUUCCCGACAAGUGUCCUUUCCAAAAAAACACCACAUAUUUUGUAAAUCGUUUUAAUUUCAUCGGGCAAGACAUACCGCAAUAUCUACCUGAGGCUAAUUACACUUUUACUGGAAAGAUUUAUGCAAACAAUAAGCUAGGACUUGAGGUCAAACUCACAGGGGGCUAUUAUGAAGUACGCAAUUUAUCAGUCUAUACAAAACCGUUGCUGUAAAUACUAAUUAUA